AUGGACAACGAAAGGGCAACCUUCCUGAAGGAGCUCCAUAGCGACCUUGCCCGCAAAUGCCAAAAGCAUGCCACCGUGGUUGAGACUAACUGGCGGUCCUUUAACCCCAAUGAACGAGCGAAUUGUUUCAAGGCUGGGGCUGCAGACGGUGUUGUCUUGAAACAUUCCUUGGAUCGGUCUCUGGGGAAUGUCUACAAAAUCAUCCCAGACUUGAAUUUACACGACAUCAUGUCCGAUCCAGACUACCUUUUGAACCUUCUCAAACAUCGAGCUACAAAGACCCUCUUUGAACAGUACUGUGAAGGAGUCAAUGGUGGCCCCGGAGAUUAUGCCAUGAUCGAAGAGUCAGUGCGCACACGUGGACUCAAGCAUGUCAACUCCUUUAAAAACUGUUACACUAUGUUCCAAGGAUCCAUGUACGCCAUUUCUGUUCAAGUGCUAGCUAAAGAGGCCUUGGCCGCUCUUGAACCCGCAAUCCGUGCUCACGUCUGUCUUCCCCAAUCGGUCGGAGAGUUCGUUAUGCACAGACAGAUCUACACCUUGCAGACUCUCAAUAUUCUCAUUGAGGAUAUUUUAGACCAAGGCUCGAAAAGCCGGGCUCAGAAGGCCCCGACAAAGAAAGAGAAGCCCACGAAGCCCACUGAUACCGAACCUCCUGUGGCUGUGUCAAAAUCAGUUGCCCAGCCCCCACGGAAAAAGCUUACACUUUCCGACCUAGUCGCUAGUGCUCGUGAUCACCAAGAUAGACUUGAAGAGUACCUGCGUUUGCUCUCUACUGAGCCUGUUGUGCUUGCUCACGCUGUGAAUAUUUGGUUCUUCAGCCGCCCAGAACUCAUUCCCGACGAAAAGGGUCGCCGAUUACCCGUCCACACUGACAAAUAUAUCAGUGCUGCUGUUUUUGAGGCUAUCCACAGUUCAAUCCAGGGAGCCGCUACCUGGAACUACAUUGCUAGCAUCCUCGAGCUCCUCGAGAAAAGGGCUGAAGAUAGGGCCUGUCGAGCCGUUCUACUUCAAGAGAUCUCCAACAUAUGUCAACUAGAACUCAACCGAGCGCAGACUCUUUUCAAGCGCCAUGUUCAGACUGCUACGGGAUCCAAUUGGUUUAAGCGAACAUCCAACAUGUAUGACAGCGCCGGGAACCCACGCGUUGGCAUAAAAGGCAAACCGGAGGACCUUACUGUAUCCGAUCCUCAGCUUCAUUAUAUGUUGCGUCUCUGUCAGCCAAAACUUACUGUUUCCAAUGCCAUAACCUGGAUGCAAAAACUCAGCGAGUUUCAAAAAAGCCAUCCUCGGGAGCGAGAGAAGCUGGUGGAGAGUGAGGCCGACUCAUUGGGUGACCUAGCUAUAAUUAUAGGAUUUAUCCUGGACUUUUCUUCUGUGAUUCCGAUUCCUUCAUUUUCCAACAAUAAGGGACAGAUGUUUGUCUCUAAAUCACGGGAGGUGGAAUCUGAAUUCAACCAUGUGAAGGAUCAACUUGACCUACUCGAUUUUGUCGUUCCCAUCGACAACCUCCUAGAGCCGGGAGCUGCCGUUGGAGCUUUGAAAAAACUAGACCAAUUCGCCAUCGAAAAAUUUGGCACAAAAAUGGGAUUCGUGUACCAAGAUAUGGUCGCGGACUGUUUGUCUGGUGUUCAGGAGCAAUGCGAGGAUGUCGAAGCGAGAUUUGCUCAGGGAUUAAAGGCUGAAUUCCUUUCAGCCCUAGGACAGAGCGCGGAGUCGACAACAAUCAGAGUCGAACAGCGGAAGCAAAAAGAAAAGACACGCCCCUCGCAUUCGUCUGUAUAUGACAUUGUUGUAUCUACGAAGCCGGCUUCUCCACAGGAGCCUGCGUUACCGCAGACCUUCAACAUAGAUGAUUCGACAGCUGAGAUCUUCAAAGGACUGUUCUGCAAGUCCGAAUCGCGUGGGUCAGUACCCUGGGUGGGUUUUACAGAAGCAAUGACCAAAUUGGGAUUUUCAGUAAACCCGAAGUAUGGCUCUGUUUACACGUUUUACCCACCAGAGAGCAUGGCAGCGAGGAAGUCAUUGACCCUCCACCGGCCACAUGGGCCAAAGAUCGAAGGAUACCGGUUGCUGAUGAUAGCCCGGCGGGUGAGGACCUUGUACGGAUGGGGCGAAGAGACAUUUCGAGUUGAAUGA